UCCAUCCAAUUCCCGCUCAUUACUGCACGUUCUUGCAUGCACGGUCGAGUUCCGGAUGAAGUGUUUUGAAGGGAGGAGGAGGAGGGCGCGGGCGAGGACGAUGGCAAUGGCAAUGGCGCAUCGGUGUCACGAGGCUGGUGGCGGAGGAGGAGGAGGAGAUGUCAAAAAGGGGCCAUGGAAGGCGGAGGAGGACGAAGUGUUGUUAAACCAUGUGAAGAAGUACGGACCGAGAGACUGGAGCUCCAUUCGAUCCAAAGGCCUCCUGCAAAGGACGGGGAAGUCGUGUCGCCUCCGCUGGGUUAAUAAGCUCCGACCUAAUUUGAAGAGUGGAGUGAAAUUUACAGCAGAGGAGGAGAGGACUGUGAUCGAACUUCAAUCACAGUUCGGGAACAAAUGGGCGAAAAUUGCAACUUAUCUGUCGGGAAGAACCGAUAAUGAUGUGAAGAAUUUCUGGAGUAGCAGGCAGAAAAGGCUGGCCAGAAUUCUCCAGACGUCGUCGUCGGCAUCUUCGUCGAGCAAGUCGCAGAAGACUACCAAGGAAGUUAGAUCAGCCCCUCCCAUGUUCCACCAUGGUGUUCAUCAUCCACAGGCACAAAAGUUGAUGGAGGAUGAUCAGGGGAAGUCACUGUCCUGUUCAUCAUCCCACAGUGAUUCGAAGCCAUUAACAAUGGUGUCGUUGCCGGAGUUAGUGUAUCCCACGAUGCUAACUUAUGAGCACCUUCCGUUUCAACAAUUCGACGACUACAUUUCCCCGGAGUCGUCCCACAUUCCCUUCUCUGCCACUGCUAAUUUCCCACAACUCCAACCUGACCUACCCCUGCCCCUGCCCCUGCCCCUUCCCCUGCCCCUGCCUUUGGAUAGCCAAGAAUUCAUGACUAGGCUAGGAGAGCCCAACUUUCUCGACAUAUUCGAGUAUACCUGUGAGCCGCCAUUGGGGUGUACCCCCGAACUUCCUGUAGCCCCGUCUAAUUUCGACACCGGCUCUCAAAUGGCUUGUGAUGAUGAUGAGGAGAGCCACAAUGCUGCUGCUGCUGCCCCUGCCCCUGACGACGUAUUCAUCGAUGAUUUCCCUCCAAUUGACAUGUUUGCUCAGUUAGAACCCCUCCCGAGCCCGUCCAAAUGGUCGUGACUGGAUUGGAUUCGAUCCCAAUGUAUCUCUGCAGGUACUCUCUUUCUAUAACUUUAGUUUGCUUGUAUCGAUCAGAUUAAGGCUUACUUACUGUGUAUUUGUUGUUAAUUCGUCUGUACUAGUGCCCCCUAAAACUUGCUGCAUUUGAAAUGGCUAUGCUUCUCUCUUUUUCAUGCCUCGAAUCUUCUGUAUAUUUGCUCGUUAUCGACAUGCCUUAUAUUGCACAGUUUGUGAACACGCACACCAGAUA